AUGGACGGCAUGAAUGAAGUCGCAGGUUACGGACCGGCAGCGCGUUCCUCAGCUGAGCUGUCCGAAGCCAGUCACUUUGCACGUUUCCCGGGCGAAUUGCCGUCGGACGUUGGUCCAUGUGACAAUAUCUGCAGGGAUUGCGAAGCUUUACAUUGGAGAGCGGAACGAACACAGAGAGAUAUGAAAGCGACUCACGCGACUUUCUCCAUGUGUUGUCAAAAAAAGGCCGUGGCCCUACUGAGCGAUGGCCUUGACAAUGAUCUCACCCCAUCGUUCCUGAGGAAGCUGUUGACUGGCAGGGAUCAAAGUAAGUGGACAACUAUCAGUCCUUGGCAACGGGGGCAGUUGGACUUACCGCAUAUAUGGACAAUUGGUUCAUCGGAUUGGCUCUCUGCUACCUCUCAAUGGGGUAAGGAAGAAAUCUGGCCAAAUCUUCAUCAACGGCGACCAAUCGGAUCAUGA